AAAAAUCCAAAUUAGUUUAUAAACUCAAACAUCAAAAAUUAGUCCAACAACUUAUUGCCACAAAGACAGAAGAUGCAUAAGAAACGAACUUUGAAACAAAAGAACCAGAAACAGUGUCUACGAUUUCUAUGUAGUAGUAUAACUUGAACAACAUAAUGCAAUAAAAAUGCAUGAAAAUAAGUCAGAAGGAAACCUUCAAUAAUUCAAAUUAAAGAAUCCCAAAUAUUAUAUUACCGGGUAACCUCUCCCUGAAUCGAAACCAUUCAUAUUAAGUGCAGUAGACAGAAUAAAAAAAGAAAUAAAUAAAAAAGAUCUAAAUGUACGCGUUACUCGAAUUUCUAGAAUGUAGACUUAUGACAUUCAGUAAAGAACUAAAAGGGUACCGAACAAUAUACAAAUCACAAGAAAACGCACCAUCUACGGACGCUGCACCAAAGUGAAACUUGAGAAGAAAUAAAAAAUGCCAAAAUGGAAACAGAAUAUCCCUCUGUUACAGAAUUUAUUUAAUAAAUAGUUGUAGUUAAUUAUGUUGCUUUGCUAGGUCGAUCGCGUGGAUGCAUUUGACCUUCGCAGAUUCCCAAUUCCAGAAGAACCAUUCAAGAGUUCUUAUGUGCUUUCCAUUACAAGUUGACUAAUUAGAUGCCAAGUCACCAAAACUUUAUACAGUUGUAUUUUUUUAAUUUCUUGCCAAGUCCCCGUAGAUUACGAAAGUCAUCACCGAUCAAAGAUCAUUUUCUCUCUCCCAAAUUUCCCAUCAUUCAUUUGUUUUACAACAGAACACAAAAUUGAACCAUGAAUCUGGAUCCACUGUCAAUUGAUGUUCUGUUGUUUCUUUGCCUUCUCAUCAAAUUCACAGCUGCAUUUAGUAAUCCAACUCAAUUCACAGGUGAUGUUUCGAUAAAUUGCGGUUCCAUAGGCACUUCGAUAGCAAACAAUGGCAGGGGAUGGAUUGGAGAUAUACAACCAAAAUCUUCUUCCUUGCUACAAAUUAAGGGCUCAUCAACCACUUCAACUGUCGUCCCUAAGUUGAUCUCUGCCGAUCCAGUUCCAUAUAAAACGGCAAGAAUCUCUCAAUCUCAAUUUUCCUAUGCAUUCCAAGUGAGCUCAGGUGAGAAAAUUCUUCGUUUUCACUUUAAUCCGACUUCAUAUAAAGGUUUCGAAGGGUUCAAGGACUUGUUCACUGUUGAAGCCGGUCCUUUUACUUUGCUCAAUAACUUCAGUGCUUCACUAGCAGCUGAAGCUCUCGGUGUUGAUUCUUUUGUCAAGGAAUUCUGUUUAAACAUACAAGAAAAUCAAGAAUUAAAUAUAUUUUUCUCUCCUGAAAUUAGUCAUUUGUUAGAUACAUAUGCUUUCAUAAACGGCAUUGAGAUUUUCACAGUGCCUGCAAGUCAUUCUUACUUUGAAGGCGGAGAUGUUGGGCUCCAAUUGGUGGGCGAGAAGUCUCGGGUUUACAUUGAUUCCAGCACUGCACUAGAGAUAUUUCACCAAGUAGAGUUUAAGCAGAGCAAUGUUCAUUCUGCCGGAGAUUUUCGUGGACUGUUUCCCAAGUGGGAGAACAUAAAUGCAAAGAGGAAAAACAAUAACACAUGGAAAAUGCCUGUGGAUGUGGGGUUCAAGUACUUGAUCAGAGUUCAUUUCUCUGAGUUAGGGCUCAAGAUUGCAAGAAAUGGUGAUAAUAAGUUCAAAGUCCUUAUUAAUGAAAUGAUUGCUCGAACGAAUAUUGACGUCGUUAAAGAAAGCAAUGAAAAUAAAAUACUCUGGUAUAGGGACUACACGGUGAAGGUGAGAGGAAACAAAAAGGAGGGAAAACGUGAUAUCUUGAUUUCCUUGCAGUCAUAUGAUGAUCUUAUAGACGAUCAGGUACUUGUUUCAGGGUUCGAAAUAUUUAAGUUGAGCAACUCUGAUAACAAUCUUGCCAGUCCAAAUCCUUCACCUCUAGCUCGGGAUUCAGCUUCCAACACUAUAACUCUAUUCCUUUUUCUUUAUCACAGAAAUGCAAUCGCAGAUGUUGCAAUAGCUAUGAUGUCUUUGGUGUGCAUAAUUGGUUAUAAUUUACGGGAAAUUCGGGAAGCUAAUAUUACUGACGAGGAAAACAAAACAAAGCCAAAGCCGAAGCCAUCGCCGUCGCCGUCGCCAUCGCCAUCGCCAUCUGCCAGGGCUGAACGUACUUGUCGCCGUUUUUCACUGGAUGAGAUCAAAUUAGCCACAAAAAAUUUCAAUGACGCACUACUAAUUGGAAGGGGCGGAUUUGGUGAAGUCUACAAAGGCCACAUUGAUAAUAAGCAAACUACCGUUGCUAUAAAGAGGUUGAAAUCAAGCUCCAAGCAAGGUGCACAAGAGUUCUUGGCAGAAAUCGAGACACUUUCUGAGCUCCGACAUGUUAACCUAGUAUCUCUAAUUGGUUACUGCAAUGAAGACGGAGAAAUGAUUCUUAUUUAUGAAUACAUGCCAUGUGGAACAUUGGCUGAUCAUAUUUACAAACUUGCAGGGGAAAAUAAUACCUGCUCUUCUCUCACAUGGAAGCAAUGCCUUGAUAUUUGCAUCGGAGCUGGUCGAGGACUAGAUUACCUCCACACAGGCCAUGGAGUCAUACAUAGAGAUAUAAAGGCUUCAAAUAUCCUGCUUGAUGAAAAUUUCAUAGCUAAGGUUUCUGAUUUCGGAUUGGCCAAGCUUGAAAACAAAAGCAAGUUAAAGACCCACAUUACCACGAACGUUAAAGGCACGUUUGGAUACCUCGAUCCAAAUUACUUCAGCACUCAUAAACUAACCAGGAAAAGUGAUACAUAUGCCUUUGGGGUGGUGUUGUUGGAAGUAUUGUGUGGGAGGCCCGCAGUAGAUUUGAAGGUUCCAGAGGAUAAGCGAGUUCUGUCCAAAUGGGCACGAGAUAAGAUUAGCAUGGGAGAAGCUGAUCAAAUUGUAUCAGUUAGUUUGAGAGACGAGAUUUCACCAAAUAGCCUCACGACAUUUGUUGGAGUUGCCCAAAGAUGCUUAUCCGAUGAACUGAAAAACCGGCCAACAAUGUCUCAAGUUGUGUCACAACUUGAGUUCGCGAUCGAGCAACAGGAGACAAAACAACUUUCGAAAAUAGCAGCAAGUGCGUCUAAUGACAACCAUUGUCUUAAUAAUGAUAAAGAUUGCCUAUCAUUUCAGACUGGUCAACCAACAGCUUUCUCUACAGAAGUGCGAAAUAUCACACCUCCUCCAAAGGAACAAACUAAUAGCAAUGUGGUUGUUGCUCAACUUCCACAGAAUGAUAACGAUGGCCUAUCAGUUCAGACGGAGCAACAAACAAUUUUCUCUACAGCCGUGCAAAAUCUCGCACCUCCUCCGAAAGAACAAACUCAUAGCAAUGUGGCUAUUGCUAAAUUUCCACAAAAUGAUAACAAUGACCUAUCAAUUCAGACGAGGCAACCAUCAAUUUUCUCUACAGUUGUGCAUAAUUUCACACCUUCUCCAAAAGAACAAACUAAUAGCAAUGUGGUUAUUGCUCAGCUUCCACGAAAUGACAAUUAUGGCCUAUCAAUUCUGACAGAGCAACCAGCAGUUUUCUCUACAGCUGUGCAGAAUUUCGCACCUUCUCCGCAAGAACAAACUAUUAGCAAUGUGGCUAUUGCUCAGCUUCCACUCAAGGGAAAUGAAUUGCCAUCAAUUUCAGGUACAAAUUCAAUAAAUGGAGAAAAAACAAAACUUGACUAUUCAUAUCUUAAUAUUCAAACUUGUUAUGGUCUAAUUUAAUGUGCUUCUGAUGUUACCUGA